GGCUGUUCUGAGCUUCGCCGCGGCACAGACGUUCAUUCCGAUGUCGUGUGGUAGGAAUUGUCGCAACUGGCGUCCUGUGAACCACUGAGUUGACGUCAGAGUAGCGGCCCCAGUCAAUGUCUUUUCCGUCAAUGUUCUUCGCUCCGCCGCCCACGUUCCCCUUCAGAGGCCGCUCAUCGUCUCCCUUCGCCGCCCCCCGAGGCCUCACCGGCCGGCCGCGGUCACCGCUGCCGCCGCCGAGCCCCUACGAGGAGCAUGCAGCCGGGGAGAGGCCCUUCUGGCCCAACACAGCCGUCAACACCUACUACCGGGCGCCUCUGGGGAAGCGACACGGCAAGAUCAACUGGAGGAUGAUAUAUGCCAUUGAUCUGGAGCGGGUUAUCCAUGAGGGCGACGUGGAGACGCUCGUCGCUCAGUUAGAGAACCUCAUGUAAGCGGACAAACAAGGGCCCUGGGGGGAUGAGGGUCCGUCUUGCAAGAUGGCGCCCCGUCUCUGUGGUGCGUGUGUCUGUCUUUGUGUGUCUGUCCCCCCUGCCCCUCUCUCUUAUCAAUCAGGUACGCCAACUUCGACGUUGACGACCUGCAGGCGUGCAGCGAUGUGCAGUACGUCAAGCUGUUCCAGCUGGCCCAGCUGGCGCUCGAGUACCUGUACGGCACUGUGCGUCAGCUGGAGGACCACACCAUGCAGCUCACCGACGGCUACCACGCCCUCAAGGCGCACCACGACGAGACGUACGCCACACUACAGGACGAGCAGGAGAGGAUCCGCGAACUCAAGAAGGACCUCAAGCAGCGCAAGAAGGCCCUCGCCGUGUACGAGAUGCUGGCCCAGAACCAGCAGGAAACCAUGGGCACAUGCGACGUGGCGGACGACGGGGAGGCGACUGAGGCCAAGACAGGGGCUGGUGUGCGGACGGCGGUGCUGGUCAAGUGCGGCCGGUGCGCCAAGAAGUUCCUCAACUCGAUGUACCUCGACAGCCACAUCCAGAAGAGGCACGCGGGCGAGACCAUGCCGACUGGUGCGGGGGAGGAUUUCGCUACCCUUAAGGAGGAGAUACAGAGGGGCCUCAGGGUAGGGUGAGAGAGACACUGACAGACGCAAACUUGACGGACAGAAUAGGCAGAUGUCUCUCUCUCUCAUCAAUGCGCGGAUACAGGACACGCACAGGAUGCUGCAGUCUGACCUCACCAACCUCCGCCAUGAGAUGCAGGUAGGUACGGUACCUAAGGACACACAAUGAUAGGUACCUAGGUAUAUGUAUACGACAUGAAGAUCAUGAUGCGUGUCUCCCUCCCGCCUCCGUUGAUCAGGAUUUGCAUGACCGCACCACCACGGCUGGCGGGGGCCGUACGGUGCAGAGCCAGCCGGAUAGGGACAUGGAGGCCAAACUGCAGAGCCUCAUCGCCAAACACGAACAGCAAAGCAAAGACGUAAUGAGAGAGAGACACCACAGCUGGAGGGUCUCACGGUGGGCUAUGUGGUGUCUGUCUGCAGCUGCUGGCUAAGAUGCAGACGAUUGAGUCGCAGGUCGUCCACCAGACCGCAAAGGUGGACGGACACGCACUUGGCCUGACCGCACAUAAUGCUCUUACCUUCAUGUCUGUGUGUGUCUUUCUUCUACGUGUGUGUUCAGACCGCUGAGCGUGUAAAGGCCGACAUCAGUCAGCCUGUGGGUCAGCUGGAGAGCCGGCUGCAGCAGGUUGAGGGGCUGCUGCAGACCAUGCAGACCAUGCGCAAGACACAGGGCGGAUGGCUCAACGACACACGUACCAACGACGACUCAAAGGUGACCUCUCUAAGACGGGAAGGUCUCUCGGAUUUCAUGUCGUUGUGCGUCUAUUGACUGAUUCGUGUGCGCAGUAUGACGUUGAGGCGGUGCUGAAUGAGGUGCGGCAGCUGCGUGAGGACGUCAAGGUCGGCGCCGCAUUCGGCAGCCCGGCCAGCAGGGUGGGCGGAGAGAGACACCUGACUGACAUACAUGUCACUCACCUUGCUGCACGGAUUACUCUCUGUCCACUCACUUUGUGUGUGUCAGGAGAUGGAUCGUGAUAAAGAGUUAGACAAGACCCUCGACGCCAACGCCAAACUCAAGGAGACGCUCAAGAAACUCAACAGAGACAAAGACGAGGUGUCUAUAUCAUGUCACUCAUGCCUAUACCUACGAGACACGACACACUCAUGUAUAUAUACCUGUCUGGCACGGUGUGCAAUCCAGGAGGGUCGUCGUCGCGAGGCGCUCGAGCGUCAGGUCAAGGACCUCAACAGCGCUAACGCCACACUCAGGAAUCAGCUCAACGGUACCGCACCACACCACACACACGUUGUCGACCGACCGACCGGCCGACAUCUUUUAUUCCAUUGUACUUUGGCGGGCUGGUAGAGUGCCAGCGUCUCCACCCUGGCCAACGCCCCCGAGAGUACACACAUUAACAGACAGACAGACAGACAGACAGACAGAACGAGGGACAGACGCCAGACAAAGUUACGUACGUAUGUGUCGUUGUUUGUGUAUUAGAUCGACGCCGCCCACGGUAGGUCAGCCCGAUAUAGGUGUGGCGAGCGACGUGUCGGCGCCGGCCCCAUCGCCCCAGUCGAAUCGCAUACAGGCCGCCAUUCACACCAUCACCGCAUCCGCACACCGGUACUACCCCACACACGUCACACGUACACACCCAAACAGCCACGCCAGCACACGACCAUCCUUCGCCUGUUGUCAUAUAUCCGCCAUGUCUCGUCCAUCCAGUGACUUCCUGCGUCGGUCUGAGGGUUUCAUUUCGCACCCGAAGCCCUCCCCCGAGCAGGCAGAGGCCCACCUCAACCUGGCACCAGGAUCGCUCUCCAACCAGCUGGCCAACCUCAUGACCCUACGCGCCUCGGCCAAGGAACGCGCCCCGCCGGCCACCAUAGUACUGCCGACUGUGCAGGAGGAGCCGCCACACCCCAAGACCCAGGAGCAGCAGCAGCUCACCAGGCCUCUGCUCGAGUCUCUCCCGCCCUCACCGCCCAUGGUUCCCGCACCACCGCCGACCUGCCCCCUCCCUACCAAGGAGAUCGAGAAACCGGCCUUUGUCGAGCCUGCACCCACCCCCACACCUGCUCCCCCACCCCCGGCACCGCUCCCGGAGCGGUCUCGGUCGAUGCAGAACGUGCGCGAGCCGGUGCAUGCCGUGAAACAGCCGUCUACGCCCCCUCCCGAGCCACGGAGGCAGAUGGUCAAGGAAGCUCCCCCUCCUGCCCGAAGGGGCACCGGCACAUGGAUCACAUUGAGGAACAGCAGUGACUCUCUCGACCCAUACCAUGGCGGUGGGGGGGAUCAGAAGGUGUCUGUGGUGCAGCGGGGGGCGCAGCUGCAUCGGGAGGCGCAUCACUUGUCGGACGGUGGCUAUCACGUGAUGCACAAGAUGAGCUCGGGCAGCGGCAGCCAGGCGGACGGGGCGGGCUUGACGACGCAGAGCGGUAGUGCCACGGCUAGCGAUGACGCUGAUAGCACCGGGAGGAGGGGCAAGUCCGCUCCACCUGCUGCAGGUAGGUAGACCUGUUGGUCUGCCUGUAUGUAUCCAUGGAAUAGAUCUUCCUUCAGUGAUUCUUCACAAAUCUCUGUCUGUCUGUGUGUGUGUCAGAUGGGUCGUCUCGUCGCAACAGCUUCCAGAAGCUCCGCGAAGGCGUCAAGUCGGUCAUCCGCUUCGCCACCCCCAAGAAACGCCAGAGCACCACCAACACAUCCAGCAAGCAGCCCCAGCCUUCCGUCCAGCACCACUCAUCCUUCAACCACCACCACCACCACCAGCACCACCAGCAGCACCACCCACCCCCGCCCGUCUCCCAUUCGGUGGUCAACUCGCCUGAGCGUCCGCAGGAGCCGCUGUACACGCAGCUGUCUGCCAUGACGGGGCGGCACAGCAUGUCGGGCCCUGUGGCGCAGUGCAUUGAGAAGGAGGUGCGGGCGGCACUCUAUCGGGACCAGCCCACAACGGAGGAAGACGUCAGUGGCCAGCCGGUGCCCGAGCCACAGGUACAGAGGACAGUGGGGGGAUCUGCGUGUGGGUGUCGAUGGAUAAAUGCGGUGCAGGUGGGUUCGAGUGUGGGUGUGGGGGGCCGUGGCGGUCCUGUUGGUGUGGACGAGGACCCAUCGGAGGGCCGGGACACGGAGCGAUCUCGCGGCACCGCAGACUUCGGCAAAUGCAGCGAGGCCCCGUCACGCUCGCCCGUAAGAACCGACAUCACAUCAUGGCAUGUAGCUAGCCUGCAUUCCGAUCAACUGCACUGCGACCCUCUAUGUAUUUGUUCAGGACAAGGCCAGUGUGGAGAGCCCCCCUCUGCGUGGCGGCAUGAUGGAUGAGGUGGAGGCCUUCUCGCUCGGCGACGGCCAGCAGUCCAACGCACCCUCAUCCCCACGCAAGGCAGCCCACCCGCCCUCGUUCGGCCGCUCGACAUCUGACGAUGGCAUGCGCCGCAUUGUGGUGGGCGGAGCGAGUAGCAGGAACGACACACAGCCAAAGGGGUAGGUAUGGGUGGGGGAGACACAGAGCGAGAAAUGGCAUGACCUGGUGUGUGUGUGUGUCUCUGUGUGUUGCAGGGGCGCAUCAGGACGAUCUGGCAAGGCGGAUGACGUGCGUGUUGGCGAGUUUGACGACCACUGACUACGAUUCUUUUUGCAAGGUGUGUGUGGGGUGGGUGCAUACAUAAGCCAUUGAUAUGUUGUUCCUUUGAAGCGACAGAGAGACAGACAGACAGACAGGUGGACGGACGGACGGACGGACGGACACAAUGAUUUGGUUGAGCUCCGAGGGAGGAAGGGACCACAGACCGACAGACGGGCAGCAUGCACAUCAAUGCAUUGCAUUCAAUCAUCAC